AUGGCAUAUGAAUACCCAAACCUGUCUCUAUUUAAAUCACUCAGUGCUAUGCGACCUGUUCGAUUGUUGUCUAUUCUUCCUGGCACAGCUGUCAUUCUCAAGUCUUUGGAGACGAGUUGGGAUCUUUUAUUAGCUGUCACUGGACUUAUCUUUUUCUUUACCAUUUUAUUUGCCUUAAUUGGUCUUAUCUCAUUCAAUGGUGUCUUUUCAAGACGUUGUUACUAUACAAAUGCUGAAAAUAUCUUACAACUUGUAGAGCCGCCUAAAUACUGUUCAGGCUAUUUGAACAACUCAGUCAUUGUAGGCGCUUAUAACCCAGAGACACAAGAAACAAGCUAUCCUGGUUAUCAUGGUUAUAUAUGUGCUGCAGGUCAAACAUGCUUAGAAUAUUCUGGCAAUAAUCCUAGCUCUGGAUAUGUCAAUUACGAUACUAUCUUCACUUCGCUUCUUAGUGUCUAUACAUUUGUUUCGCUCGAGUUAUGGACAGAUAUGAUGUAUAUCAGUCAAGAUGCAGACUCAACAGUAUCAGCAUUGUAUUAUUGUCUAGGUGUUUACAUCGUUGCAUUUGUCCUGACAUUCUUAUUAUUUGCGGUAAUCACUUCGGCCUUUGGUAGAGUAAGAGCAGAAAAUGCAGUGAGUGCUUUUACAGCAAAGAAAAAGGGUUAUCCCAUUUUGCGCGAUGCUGAAGGACUUGAUGAUGAAACCAUGUGGACGUUUGAUAAUGCUCCAGAAGAUCUAGGUAAAGGUGUUACUCGUGUCAAGAUGCGAUGGUGGAUUGUUCGGCUCGUAAAAAACAGGGCCUUUUUUUAUUUUGGUGGCUUCUUGGUCUUGCUGGACAUGAUUUUUAUGUGUCUAAGAUCGUUUCAUGCAAGUCAAGCUACCCUUGAUCUUAUUGAUAAUGCUGAAACAGCAUUCACACUCAUUUUUGCUAUUGAAAUCCUCCUUCGUAUGAUUGGAGCAGCGAGCUGGAUGAGUUUCUGGUCAUCUAAAACAAAUGUCUUUGACUUGUUUUUAGUGAUUUGCACUUGUGUAAUUCAAUUGCCGAUGAUCCAAGAUUCAUUCGCAUACAAAUACCUGACUAUAUUUCAGAUCUUACGAUUCUACCGUCUAUUUAUUUGUAUUCCCCGUGUCCGCAGACUUUUGCUUAGAGCUCUUGGUACUGGCGAAAGUGUCUUCAAUGUCAUGGUUUUCCUUAUUUUAGCAACAGCACUAUGUGCUACUGUAUUUAUGCAAAUGUUUGGAGGCGAUUUCGACGACAUAGUUAGUAAGGCAGACACAGACAAUCGAUUUGACACUUUUUGGGAAUCGUUUAUUUCUUUGAUUGUGAUCUAUACCAGUGAGACUUGGACAGACAUUUUGUAUAAUGCAAUGGUAAGUCAAACCGACAGCGGAUCAAUAUAUGCAGCUAUUGCACUCUCCAUCUAUUUUGCUUUUGGUCGAUAUAUUAUGUCUGGCCUUUACAUUGCUGUCGUGCUUGAGAACUUUGAACUGAGUGAUGAUUAUAUCCGUCAUUACCAAAUUAAGGACUUUAUUCAACGACAUCGGUUUAAAGACAUUGACAAGACAGAAACAAUUUUGUUGAAGUUAUUUCGACCUUUUUAUUACUUUAAUGAAAACAAGCAUGUUCAGGUCUCUCAGUUACCAGCCAAUUUGACUGCACCUUUGUCGAAAUCAGACUUGACUGAACUCUUGACUGAUUUGCCCAAGAACAGAAAGAACACAGAAGUCAAUCGACAACUUUCCUGGGUAGAGAAAAAGGUACUGACUCUAUUUUCAAAAAUCAGACAACGUAUUCCCUUUUUGAAUAAGCAUUCCAGUAUCAAAGCUGUACCCAUCAAUCCUUUUAUGCAAGACACAGAAGAAACACUGAUGGAUUAUGAUACAAUUGCAGCUGAAGAAAACCGUGAAGCUCAAAGGGAGGAUAUGCCCGUCGUCAAUUCAUUGUUUCUGUUUUCCGAAAGAAGUCGAAUUCGACAUUGGUGCAAAAAACUUGUAGGAUCUAACAAUGACGGUCAAGCAGAAAAGCAGAACCUUUUUAACUGGAUUGUUAUGGCCUGUGUCUUGGUUAGUAUCCUUAUGGUCAUUUUAGACGAGCCUUCUACUCGUUUAUUACGAAGAGACAAUUCCAAAGCUGAUGUCUAUGAUAACAUUGAAGUUGCACUUAGUAUCGUCUUUCUUGUGGAAGUCAGUAUUCGUAUCAUUGCUGAUGGACUCUUGCUUACACCUAAUGCCUACCUAAGGAAUUAUUGGAAUCAACUUGAUUUAAGUGUCAUCUUGCUCAAUAUUUUUACUAUCUUUAUGUCUUCUGAAGAUACACCCCGUGGUCUCAGUACAUUUCGAAGUUUGCGUAUCCUGCGUCUGAUCCGGUACUUUAAUGGUGUAAGAGAUAUCUUUGUCGCCCUGUUUUAUUCGUUUCCACUCAUGUUUGAUGCUUUGAUAUUUACUUUUCUGGUCUUGAUUCCAUUCUCUGUCUAUGGUCUUAAUAUUUUUGGUGGACUUAUGUGGUUAUGUAACGAUGAUAGUGUCGCUACACGAGGUGAAUGUAUUGGCGAAUUCCAGGUCAACAUUAGUGAAGAUGACGGGGUUGAUGUUAAUAUUUGGAUUCCUCGUGUAUGGCAAAAUCCGCAAAAUGGAUUUAUUAGUUAUGAUGAUUUCCCUAGUGCAUUGCAACAUUUGUUCUCGCUCACUUCCACCGAAGGCUGGGUAGAUUCGAUGUUUAGUGCUAUGAGUAUACCUGAUGGUGUCAAUUUGCAGCCUUCGUUUAAUUGGGAUUCCAAUAAGGUAUAUCACGGCAUUUUUUAUAUCAUUUUUAUGAUCAUAUCACAAGGAACAAUGCAAUUAUUUGUUGGUGUUAUUAUUGAAAAGUUUAAAGAAAGAAAUGGUAUUACAACACUUACCACUGCUCAAAGACAAUACAGUGAUCUUCAGAGAUUGCUUGCUAAUGUGAAGCCAACCAUCAAAGUGUUUCGUCCAACGUCUAAAAUAAGACAAUUUUGUUAUGAUAUUGUGAUCCAGAAACAUGGAAAGUUUAAUCGACUGAUGAUUGGAUUCAGAGUAAAUGGAACUGUCUUGGCUGCUUUUCGUCUAGGUGAAGGCAUAGAUGCAUUACAAACCCUAUAUCAUACGAUUGAAAAAUCUUUACCUUCCAUCAUUCAAGUUUCUGCUGUAUUUAUGGUUGCUAUGUGUCUGUUUGCCAUGUUAUUUAUGGAGUUCUUUGGUCUGACGAAAUACGGUGUCUAUGGUACAGCACACUCUAAUUUCAGAGACUAUGGUAAUGCCCUCUUAUUACUCGUUCGUGCUACAACAGGUGAAGCGUGGAAUGCCAUUAUUAUGGAUUACACUGUCCAAUACCCUAAUUGCAAUAGUUCCAGUAACUACUUCGAAGAUGAUUGUGGAUCGCCAUUUUGGGCUUACUUUUUAUUCAACAUCUUUUAUAUCAUCUGUACGCACAUUUUUCUGAAUUUGUUUACUGCUGUUAUUAUCAGUAAUUUUGAAUAUGCAUAUGAAACCAGAACUCGGUUCACUCAAAUCACUAAAACCGACUUGAGGAUGUUCAAACAUGCUUGGGCAGACAUUGAUGCAAAAGGAACUGGGUAUAUUCAAAAAGACGACGUAGCAAAGUUACUUCGCAAGUUUACAGGAAGGUUUCGAUUCAGAAUCUACGACGAAGAUAUGAGCUUGGACAAUAUCAUGAAGGCUGCCAAAUUAGGUAUUCCAAACGAAAAACAAAUUCAUCCUCUUGAUUCUGCUCAAGCCAGUCCUAAAUCACCAGGCGGCAAGAGUGGAUACAGCAGUGCUCUUGCUGAACAAGAGUUCAAUAUCCACGAAAUCAAUCGAUGUUUGAGCAAAAUGAACAAAGGAGAAGUAAGAAAGAGACGAAUGGAAUAUAACAUUUAUUACAAGGAAAUUCUUCGAUCAGAAACGCCCAAAGGCAUACCAUUCGCAAGUGUGUUGACAAUCAUGUCCUAUCGCUUUAUCGAUAUCUCUACUUCAUUAACCCUGGACCCACUCAUUGCUCGACUGGAAAAAAUCGAUCAGUUAACACAAGAAUACUAUCUUGAAAAAGCAGCUGGCUUUUUUUUCUCUCAGAUCCAAAAAAGACGAUUUGUCAAAGAAUUAUGGAAGAAGCACGACGAGGACGAAGUAAAGAAACUUGGUGUAACUACUGCUAGUCAUUUCGAAUUCAAAUCACCUAAUAGCCAUGUGUUUGAUGGUUCUAUCAAUUACUUUAAUUUGCCUAAAGAUCAUAAAAAGAAAUCACCACCAGUUCCUCGCAUUGUAAUUGACAAUGUAUCAGCAAAUACAGACAUUUCAUCUCCUGCUAGUGCUGGCACUACCAGUAUCCCUGUCUCUCCUAUGUCCACUUUUUCUACAGAGAAUCCAUUAGAUCCCUCUUACACUAGCCCUGCUUAUUCAUUGAUUGUAGCACCAGGCACAAGCAGUAUACCUUCAUCACCAAAUACAGAAAGCGGAGGACGAAGCUCGUUUUCUGGUGCCUUAUCUCCUUAUUCUCCAUUACCUCCACAACUCAGUCCUGCAUCUCGACAGAAUUGGUUAUUAAUAGACGGAAAUAUCGAUAUGUCUACAGAAAUGUCUGAUGGACUUAUGGACUCAAUUAAUCGUAGUAUUUGGUCAGGCCAAGUAAUCUCACAAAAUGAUUUAGACAUGUUGCGAGACGAAGACUUGUAA